GUGGAAAGAGAGAAGAGCACCAGGCAAAGAAGGCAGGAUAGCACAGAGCAUGCCAGAUACAGUAGUACACAGUGUGGAGAGAGAGCGGGCGUACUAGACACAGGGGACAAGACAUCCCACGCAGUUCACAAAGGAGGCACUGAGAGAGCAGUAGGUGCGAGAGUGGCAGAGAGUGCACUGUGCACCUGCGCAGACAGUUCAUUGUGUGGGGGAGAAGAGACAGUACCAGAAGAAACACAGGCAUCAGACAGCAAGGCAGGGAGUGGAGGGGGCUCACAGGGCACAGCAGGUGCAUUGUUGUCUGGGACAGAGUAUAUGCAGUGCAGUGCGUGCGGUGCAGAGAAAGAAGUGCCAGUAGAAGAGGCAUCCAGCACAGGGUGUUUGUCUACACACUGCAUCACUCCAAGAAACUCCAAGGAGAUAAAUCCGGCGGUUAGAGGGGCAGAAGGCGUACUAGGCACUGUUCAUAUGACGGGCAUAAUACAUCCACUGCAACCCGAGUAUCAAGAGGCAGCAGAUGACUCUGUGUGCAGUCCACAAGAAAGGGGGUGGCAGAAGUACUAG